AUGACUUCACUUCGCCUCUUGGAUCUCUCUGACAAUCAAUUUAGUGGCUAUUUUCCUUCCUUGAUAAUUAGUAACCUAACAAAUAUCGAGUGGCUUGUGCUAUCAAGAAAUGAGCUUCAAGGCAAGAUUUCACUUUGUGUUUUUGCUAAUUUGUCGAGGCUAAGUGAACUUGAUAUUUCUUUUAAUCACUUGGAAGUUGAAACAGAGAUGAUGUCACCAAGUUGUUUUCCAUCUUUCAAACUAAGUACUCUGUCUUUAGGUGGUUGUAAUGUCAAGAAAAUUUCUCCUUGGAUGCUUCACAAUAUCAAUUCAGAAUUAUGGCUAAGUGGCAAUAAUUUGACUGGUCCCUUCAAUAGCAAUUUUCAGAACAUAACCUCAAAGCUUAGUCUUCUUGACAUUUCUGACAAUUUCUUACACGGGACACUACCGGAAGAUAUCAACUUGAAUUUUCCAGAGCUGCGUCAUUUAGAUCUUUCCAAUAAUAGCUUCAAUGGCAACCUCCCCAUAUUCUUCAGUGACCAACUUCAGAUGCUGGACUUAUCAAACAAUCAAUUCCAUGGAGGGAUUCCCUAUAGCAUGACAAGUAAUAUGAGUUGUCUUGUAUAUUUGAGGUUAUCUGGAAACAAUUUGACAGGUGAUUUGUUUCCGAAAAACUCGAGUUUGCCUAACUUAAGAUGGCUUUAUCUCAACAACAGUCACUUGUCUGGAACAUUUCCAUAUGCCUUGUCGAAGAGCGUGGAGUUAGGUAUUAUUGACAUUCAGAAUAAUAACUUGUCAGGUGAGCUUUCAUCAUACUUGCCUGUCCUCCCAAAGUUAAAGAUUCUAGUCCUCAGCGGGAAUCGGUUUGGAGGGCAAAUACCGAAGCAAAUUUGCCAAAUGAGAGAUUUGAAUGUUUUAGAUAUUUCAGAAAAUGAUUUUUCUGGUGACAUUCCUGACUGUGUUGACAAUGUUACUUCUUGGUUGGAUAGUUCUUAUAAUGGUUAUAUUCCAGAUGACUCUUGGAAUAGCAUUGAUUUCACGACCAAGGGUUCAAGAUACAUUUAUAAUAGCCCCUUUUUGCUAUAUUUAACGGCAAUAAGUGUCUCUUGCAAUAGACUAACAGGUAAAAUUCCCAUCCAAAUGACACGAUUGAAGAGGAUUUAUUCUCUAAACGUGUCGAACAACCUUCUCACAGGUCAAAUACCUUCUUCCUUGGGAAACAUGGCAUUUCUAGAAAGCCUAGAUCUUUCACAUAACAAUUUCUUCGGUGUAUUACCCUGUAAAUUAGUUGGUCUUGGGUUUCUCCAAGUUUUUAACGUAUCAUUCAACAAUCUAUCAGGCAUGAUACCAAUAGGGGGACAAUUCAAUACAUUCGAAAAUGACAGUUAUUUAGGCAAUCCCGGCCUUUGUGGAUUCCCACUUCAAAUCAAACGCAAUGACAGUGCAAAGACACCACCAAUUUAUGCUAGAGUAGAGAAAUCUGUUUCAAUUAUAUAUUUUGCGGUUUUUAUAUGUCCCUUUUUCAUAGUUAUUUUUUUAGAAUAA